AUGAGUGACGAAGAGUCAUACGUUGCCGACGGAAAGGGCAUGAUUGAUGAGCCCCUCAAGAAGGAUGGUGAGAAGGCUCUGUCUGCCAAGGAUUUGGAGCCCUUUGGCAAUGAAGAGACAGCGGAGGUCAAGUAUCGGACUAUGAAGUGGUGGCACUGCGGCAUGCUCAUGAUUGCGGAGAAUGUCUCCGUUGGAAUCCUGUCGCUCCCUUCUGCGGUCGCAACUCUGGGCAUGGUACCUGCUGCAAUUAUAAUUCUUUUCAUCUCUGCUCUUUCCUGGUAUACUGGUUAUGCCAUUGGCCAAUUCAAGCUCCGUCACCCCCACAUCCACAGCAUGGGAGACGCUGGCGAGCUCCUGAUGGGUCGCAUCGGUCGUGAGGUGCUUGGAAUUGGCCAGCUUCUGCUGCUUAUCUUCCUCAUGGCUAGCAACAUCUUGACCUUCAACAUCUUGAUGAACGUACUGACCGACCAUGGUACCUGCACCCUUGUCUUUGGUGUGGUCGGCCUUGUGAUUUGUUUCCUUGGAGCCUUGCCUCGUACUAUGGAGAAGGUCUACUGGAUGUCCGUCAUCUCAUUCUUGAGUGUUUUGGUCGCUACAAUUAUCACCAUGAUCACUGCUGGCGUGGAAGCUAAAGAGCACGUUGUGAACGAGGUCACUACGGAAGUUACUUUCCGCGAGGGCUUCCUGGCUGUCACCAACAUCAUUUUCGCUUAUCUCGCCCACAUUGCCUACUUCGGCUUCAUGUCAGAGAUGGAGGAUGCGCGCACCUUCAACAAGUCGCUCGCGAUGCUUCAGAUUAUUGACACCGUCCUGUAUCUUGUCAGUGCCUUGAUUAUCUACCACUACAUUGGACCCAACGUCUCGUCACCCGCCAUCUCGUCUCUGAGUCCUGUUAUGAGCAAGGUUGCUUGGGGCAUUGCCAUUCCUACUACUAUUCUUUCUGGCGUCGUCCUUGGCCACGUUGCAUGCAAAUACAUCUACGUCCGCAUCUUCCGCGGUUCCGACAAGAUGCACAACCGCAGUCUGCUCUCCAUCGGAUCCUGGGUCGCCAUUUGCAUUGGUGUCUGGAUCAUUUCCUGGGUCGUGGCGGAGUCCAUCCCCGUGUUCAAUGACCUGCUGAGUCUUAUUAGUGCUCUUUUUGGAAGUUGGUUCAGCUUCGGCCUCCCUGCUGUCUUCUGGCUUCACAUGAACCAGGGCCGAUACUUCCAGAACUGGAAGAAGUCUAUCUUGACGAUUACGAAUGUUCUUAUUUUCAUUAUCUCUUGCGCCAUUUGUGGAUUGGGUCUUUACGUGUCAGGUGUUGCCAUCCACAGCGAUUCGGGCUCCAACAGCUGGUCCUGUGCUAACAGCGCUUGA